AUGGAACAAAUAGAAUUUUUCUUUUUUGCUAAUGAUAUUACAGAUGCAAAAAAGAAAAAAGCUAUCUUUCUAGCUUCAUGUGGGAUGGAAACAAUAUUAAAAUCGGUUGCCACACCGGUUAACAUAUUAGAUGAGAAAUUUACAUUUGAUGCGGCAACUAAACUAUUGACGAGUCAUUUUUGUCCAGCAGCUAAUAUAAUAAUUCAACGUUUUAAAUUUUAUAGGAGGGAUCAAAAAGAAGACGAAUCAAUUACCAAAUUUUUGGCAGCGCUAAGGAAAUUGAGCCAAGACUGCAAUUUCAAUGAUUUAGAUGAAAUGUUACGAGACAGAUUAGUCUGUGGCAUACGCGACGGGAAUUUACAAAAGCGGCUUCUGGCGAAUGACCAGUUAACAUUAAAAAUAGCGCUGGAGGAAGCUAUUGCAUCAGAACCAGCACAAAAAAAUGCGAUGGAACUUAAAACGUCAGCCAGCCUGCCAGGUUUGAAUAAAAUUUCAAGCAACAAGGUAAAACAUAUUCGUGCUCCAGUAGACCAUAUUCAGAAUUGUUAUCGUUGUCGAGGAAAUCAUCAGUCAGAUCAGUGCAAAUUUAAAGACGCGGAAUGUUAUUAUUGCAAAAAGCGUGGACAUAUUGAGAGAGUUUGCAUAAAAAAAGCAAAAACCAAAAAGCCAGCAAUAAAUAGCUGGAGAAGGCUAAACAGAGUAAAUCUUUUAUUUAUUGUCAAUGUUCGCUAA